AUGGUGUCGCACCCGCCCAAGACGGCGCACGCGGCCGUCCACUCGCGCGCCUCGAACCACCACCCGCACGUCAGCGCCAGCACGCCCGGCCAUGCGAAGAAGCCGUCGUCGUCGAACCUCAGCGCCCAGUCGCGCGACCGCGAGCCCCGGCCGAGCAGAGAGGGCGCGGCGCAGCGGGCGGCGCAGGACGUCGCGGGCCUCAAGGACUUCCAGCUGGGCGACUGCCUGGGCAAGGGCGCCUUUGGCAGCGUGUACCGCGCGCUCAACUGGGGCACGGGCGAGACGGUGGCCAUCAAGCAGGUCCGCCUCGAGAACCUGGGCGUGGCCGACCUGAAGAACAUGGAGAUGGAGAUCGACCUGCUCAAGAACCUCAACCACGCCAACAUCGUCAAGUACAACGGCUUCGUGCGCAGCUCCGAGAGCCUGUACAUCAUCCUCGAGUACUGCGAGAACGGCUCGCUGCACAGCAUCUGCAAGAACUUCGGCAAGUUCCCCGAGAACCUCGUCGCCCUCUACAUGUCGCAGGUCCUGCACGGCCUGCUCUACCUCCACGAGCAGGGCGUCAUCCACCGCGACAUCAAGGGCGCCAACAUCCUGACCACCAAGGAGGGCCUGGUCAAGCUGGCCGACUUCGGUGUCGCUACGAAGCAGUCGGGCCUCGACCAGUCGAGCGUCGUGGGCACCCCCUAUUGGAUGGCCCCCGAGGUCAUCGAGCUGUCCGGCGCCACCACGUCCUCGGACAUCUGGAGCGUCGGCUGCACCGUCAUCGAGCUGAUCGAGGGCAAGCCGCCGUACCACAAGCUGCAGCCCAUGCAGGCCCUGUUCCGCAUCGUCAACGACGAGCACCCCCCGAUACCCGGCAGCGCCUCUCCGCUUCUCCGCGAGUUUCUCAUGGAAUGCUUCCAGAAGAACCCCACCCUGCGCAUCCCCGCCAAACGCCUGCUCAAGCACCCGUGGAUCGUGAGCGCCAAACGGACCGUUCCCGCAGUGCCCACCAAGCCCACCGAGUACCAGGAAGCCGUCAAGUCCGUGCAGGAGUGGAACGAAGCACUCAGGUCGCCCAGCUCCCUUCGCCGAAGCUCUCGCAUUGCGUCCGGCAUCCAGAAACCCGCGGCUCAGUUCCCGUCCCCGGCAAACGUCGCCGUCGCAGGUCCUCGCAAGACGCCAGUCAACGUCAACGUACUAAAACACAGGCCCACAGCCGAGUCUUUCCGUUCGCCAGAACUCGACCAUGACGACAACUGGGACAACGAUUUCGACGACACUAUCUCAUCCCGCGCACUCCAGAUGCCGCAUCUGAAGCCUCAAGAUAACUUCGCUGGCUUAUUUUCAGGAGAUCGACUCAAAGCAUAUGCCAGUUUCGAUGCCGUUCUCGAAGGCCCAGAUUUCGGCGACGGUGAGACUACGGUGAAGAGUCCGCUGAAUCUACGGCACCUCCAGAACUUUCCACAGGCCUUUGCGCGAAAGCAGUCGAACAGUUCCAAGGGUUCAAAUGGUAAAGCGAGAGGGUACUCGUCGUCUUCCAGGUCGACAUCUGACGCCAACUCGGAUCUCGACGACAAAUUCGACGCCCAGCCAAAGACAGCAUUCCUACGCGGGAUUCACAAAGCAAAUCCUAUGCCAAAAGCGAAGGUGACUGCCCCGGCAAGACCAAGUCAGAUGUUCAGCGAGAGUCCAAGUGAGGACUACUCAGACCUAUUACCAGCAGAUGAGGGCGCAUUCGCGAAAAAGCUCAAAGCUAUGCAGCAUGCGCAAUCGCCAGCUGUGCUACCCCCUCAGCCAGUCCUCAUAGCCACUUCUAGCUCGCCAACCGAAUCCUUCUCGCCACGAUUGUUCCAUCCCAGCGACCUGAAAUCUGCGCCAAAGUCUAUACGAGAUACAAAGAGCGGGGGAGCCGUACGACAUCGGUCCGGGAGUUCGACAUCUAUCCGAAAACUGCAGCGCACCCAGUCCCAGAUCGAGAUCCAGAAGUACGCAGAAGACGAAGGCGAUGACUUUUCCGAUGUAUUUGGCGACUUCAGAGGACCUUCCAGUGCGAGCCGUAGUAGAAGUGAAAGCGAGACCGGCAGCGAGCACAGCGGCGUCGCUAUGAUCACCUCCAAGAUAUCGACAACAUUUACCAUCGCUACCGAUGAGGAAGAUUUGGACCCUUUCGCAAACCUGGACGAAGGGCUUGACAACCUGAAUCUUGAGAAUAAUGUUGCUCGAGACCGGGACGACCGACUGACAAAGGCGACGGAACAUCUUGUCGGUUGCUUGAAGACUAACCAGCCUGAUGAUGAGCUUUUAGAGAUUGCUGAGCAGCUUAUCCAGAUUCUGUACGAAUCACCAGACAAGCGUAGUAUCAUCGUGAGGAGCCAUGGCAUGUUGCCUAUAUUGGAGAUUUUGGGGACCAUACCACCGAACGAUGUCGUUCUUCCGCUCCUGAAGAUCAUCAACUUGAUGAUUCUCGAAGAUGCCGAAGCGCAGGAAUCACUAUCUUUCCUCGGCGGAAUACCAACGAUAUGUCAAUUUGCUUACAAAAGAUACCCCUCCGAUAUCCGAAAGGAAGCCGCGGCGUUUGUGAGACAGAUGUAUCAGACGAGCACACUGACGCUGCAAAUGUUCAUUGGCUGUGGUGGCAUCAACGUCCUAGUUGAGUUCUUGGAAGAAGACAUUGACGCAGAGCGGGACCUUGUUCUCAUUGGGGUUAACGGUGUCUUUGGUGUGUUUCAGUUGCAGGGGCCGACACCGAAGAACGACUUCUGCAGGAUUUUCAGUAGAAGUAGUGUUUUGUAUCCACUAUCACUGGUAUUGAAUCGCAUGGUGGAAGAGGAUGGAGAGGUUGCAAGACUCAUUGUCGAACGCAUUGUACACAUAUUCUUGAUCUUUUCGCAGGCGGAAAGCCACGUCAAGGAUCUCGUGGCGGACCGUAUGAUUCUGAAGCGUGUCUUGAAAGAUCUCCGAAAAAUGGCGCCGCCACAUCAAAUCACCAUGCUCAAGUUCAUCAAGAACCUUAGCUCGCUCUCCUCAACCCAUGAAGCACUGCAGAAUUCGAAUGCCAUCGACAUUCUUAUCGAACUACUCAAAUCAACUCGCCAGAAAGAUGCAGUCUCUCGCAAUCAAAUUCGUUCUGCCUCCGACCCAACCCGACUACCACCCUUCCACCGCGAGAUCUCCAACCAAAUUCUCAACACCAUGUACAAUCUUUGUCGACACAACAAGUCACGGCAAGAAGAAGCAGCCUUGUCUGAUGUUAUUCCGCUACUCAAGGAGGUGGUGCGCGAAGGCGGACCGCUCAAGGAGUUUGCCUUGCCAGUGCUACUGGAGAUGGUGAACUCUGGCAAGGUGUCGAGAAAGAUGCUUUGGGAUGCCAAGGGUCUUGCUUUUUACGUGUCUCUAUUGGGCGAUCGGAAUUGGGCGGUCACAGCCUUGGAUGCCAUCUUUGUAUGGCUCCAAGAGGAAACGGCCCGGGUCGAGCAAUAUCUCCUAUCUUCACAGUCCAAUUUCACACCAGCUAUCAUCUCCGUGUACACUUCAGCGGAUCUCUCACACUCAACGUUCGAGAACAUGCUCGAGCCGCUACAGAAGCUCGUCCGCUUGUCUCCACCUAUCGCCGCAUCUCUCGCCGUUCCUGAGAUCUUUGCUCGCACGGAGCAAAAGCUAGGCCACAAGGACGCCGUCACACGUCUCAACCUGCUGCGCAUCUUGCGAACGAUAUGCGACGCCAAGGAAGAGGGCUGCUGGCUCAUCCGCGCGUUCGGCUGCUAUGGACGCGUUACAUGGCUUAUGGAACAAGACCCUGCCGUCCUUGUCCGCCAGAUGGCCGAAGAGCUCGUUCGUGCGUGCGACGAAGUCGAAGUCAACGGUGUCGGCGCAGGAUCCAACGGCAAACGCAGCAUCUCCCGCGCCUCGAACAUCGGCAUGAACCUACGGCGCCCCACAUCAUCAACCGGUCGCCGCGACGGCUCAGGCUCCAGCAGCGGAUCAACACUCCUAGGCAUGACGCCCCCAACACCCACCAGCCUGAAAAACACAUUCCUCAUCCCUCCAAUGUCAACACCAACCCACGUAGGCAGCGGCCGCGAUCGCAUCACACGCAGCCACUCCUCAAUCGGUAUGUGGGAUCUCGCUGAAGACCCCGCCGCCCCGCCUUCAUCCGGCCGCUCGAAACCCCCCGCCCUAACACGAAGCUCGACUUCCUUCGCCGCCCUCAGCACACCGACAUCCUCCCGCACCCAGGGCUCCAGACCCGCAAGCAGAGACGCAGCCUCGUCGCUCUCCCGCCUCGAAGCAAACGCAAACGCAAACGCAAGCGCAAAAUCCUCCACCGACCGCUCGCGCCUCCCCAAAGCACGACAGGACCCCCGCCACGAACCGAGACACAUCCAGAGCCGUCUGAACUUGCAUGACCCCACGAGUCGCCGUAGACAGAGCGGCGUCGGCACAACAGAGAAUGACUCUCCUGUCGCGGUGGUGGCUACUCCGCCGCCGUUGCCCAGACUGCAGAUCGUAAGGCGCAGGAGGGAGACGAGUGGUGGCGAGAUGACGACGGCGGCGAGGAAGGCGGCGGGGCCGGCGACGCCGAGCGCGGAUUAG